AUGGCAGAGCGGCCGCAUCCGACCCAACCGCCGCCGCCGAGCGACGCUGCUGCGUCGUGGGACGCUCCCCCCCUCCCGCAAGGCGUUACGGCGCCGUAUUCGCCGGCCCACGCCCACAGCCUGCACGACCAGUCCCAUCCGCCGCCGCACCGUCGCAUGCUUCGAAUGUCCGCCCCGCACGACCCGUACCAGUACGCCCAGCCCGCCGCUGGUCUGCCACAGUACCACGGCUUGCAGAUGGAUCCGGCCAGGCAGCACUGGCAGGACGACGACCGCCGCAAGUCGAUGAAGCUCUCGACGACGACGACGUCGGCGGCGCCCGACCACGCCCCGACGUACGGCUGGGCGCAUGCUGGAGACGAUCACGUCCUCGCAUCGAGCCCUGCGACGUUCGCGUCGUCCUCCUCCGGGGCCCACCCCAGCGGAUCCUCGGCGUGGUCGGCAGUCCAGCCAAGCGCAACGCAGUAUUAUGCGACGCACACGAUGCAGAACUCGUACGCCCACGUCGGCGACAACGGGCAAGCGACGACCUCGACUUCCGCGUCCGCCUUCACGCAUGCGGUCCUUCCCCAGCAGCAACAGCAACAUCAGCAUCAGCAGCAGCGACUCGUCCCUCCUCCAAACGCCUACAUGCCCUACUAUGGCGUGCCGAGCGCGUACAUUCCUUACAACUCGCCGGCGUCUCGACCGUACACCUACGACCCGUCCGCCGGAGCGCCCUAUACCACCUCGCCUUCGAUACCCAGCUCGACUUCCUACUCGCAAUACUCGUACCUGCCGACUCCGCAUUCGCAGUUCCAACCGACGCCGACCAUCCCUCCGCAGGCCGUGCAAUCGGCUUCCUCAUACCCCAACGCCACCGUCUCGCCCAUCUCUCCAACUUUCCCCGUCGAUGCCUCGACACCGUACAUGCCUCCAUCGUCCGACGAAGUCUCGCAAGUCGUCCUCGUCGCCGCCGCCAACCGCGACAAGCUCGGCAAGAUCGAUUUGACCGGUCACUCGAAGCAGGACGAUGCGCCGAACCGCCGAGCGACGACGUGCCAGAGCACUCGUCGCCUCGUCGAGCUCGACCACCACUGCCAGGCUUGCGGGCGGAAGAUCGGCAGACUGAUGCUCCGCGGCGGACCGGUCGAGCGUUCGAACGGCGACGACCCGUCCAACUACGUCGGCGCCUUCUACUGCUCCGUCUGCGUCGCCGUACCGCCUAGCUCGGGCGGAGGGAUCGCAGGGAGGAGCGAACUUGCGCCGCCGCACCCGCACAACAUCUACGCGGGCGAGGCGACCUACUACGACACCCUCACGGCGGCUGUCGACCGCUACCAGGGCAUCGACCCGAAGCAGCAGGACAUCCGACCACCUCCUGCGCCGCCGGGCAAGACGAGGUCGGGCUUUACCGCUCACGUCUCGAUGCCUGGGGCGAGCAAGAAGCGGCGGCAGAGCGUUGCGGACGAUGCCGAGGGAGUCCUUGCCUGCGACGUCUGCCGUCGCGACAUCGGGUCGGGAACGCUCCAGCUCGCUUCGACAGGCGAGCCGGUCGGCGCGACGGUCGAGGUCAUCUGCGCGCAUUGCGAAGUGCGGUACACGCGGUGCUCGGACUGCGGCGGAGGUGGAGGAUCCAAGGGCGUUGGGCGGUGGCGAUGCAAGGAGAUGUUCCCGAUCGGUCGCAGGACUUGCCAACUGUCGCACAGCCGCAUCGGAACCGUCAACGAGAUGGACUACGAUAUCUGGACCGUUGCGUCCAUCCCCGCCGAGCGCAUCACCGAAGUCGUCGACAUCUGCCGGGAACUGUACUUCGGCCAACUCCUCGGCACUCUCGCCGUUCCCGACAUGCUGGAGAGCGUGGCGCCCAUCGCCCGGAGCUUCCAUGAGGUUGAGAAGCUGGCGGUGGACUCGUGGACUCACUUCGAGCCGUACAUCACCGACGACGUCGAGACGGCGACAGGCGUGCGCCACUACGUCGCUCUGCGCUGGGCGCGUCCCAUUUCGCGCAAGAAGCGGAGCAAGAAGAAGGCUGCUGCUGCUGCCGCCGCCGCUGAAGGCGAGGGUACGCGAUCGAGUCCCGAGGAUGCCAAGUCGGGACUGCCUGGCUCUCCGUCCGAGGACGACCAUGAUGACGAGCCGCAGCUUAUCCGCGAGGGCAAGGUCUUGACUGGCUUCAUCCUCGCCGAGCAAGAACUCGAGCGCGGCAUCCUUCACGUCGUGACGACCCUUCCGACUGGUGCUGGCGAAGCCUACGACGCUUCGACUCGUCUCUUGCAGACGCUCGUUGCCCGAGUGCACGAAGACACGCACGCGCUCAACCAGCAGCGCGCGUCGAUGCAGCUCGCGCCGUACCCGGCAGUCACCGUCGCGUGGACGAUGCACAUGACCAAGCGCGACAGCCGCAUCAUGAGCCGGCUCGAGACCCGUCGAGGCUUCAUUCCCCUCGAAGACUUCCUCGUCAAGUACCCCGACACGAACAAGGCCAACUUCCCUCCGAUCCGCAAGACCUACCUCCCCCCCGAAUUCUUGCGCGGGUGGUCGGUCUAUGCCAAGCGGAUCACGUCCGACGACCUUCCGCCCGGCUACCAAAGCCCGUUCGCUUCGUCCGCUUCCUCCACCGCUCCCUCGACAGCAGGCUCGGCAUCCUCAUCGCACCCGAAUCGCAUUCCGACAACGAACCGUCGCUAG